GUUGGACUGUAAGAAGCAGACGUUGCUCAAGAUGUUGGCACUACUCAGACCUAGAAUUUUUGGUGGGGAUUUCAAAAGAACCAUCCUGACAAAACCAGAUAUUGCCAGCUCAUUGCUUAGAUCUCCCUCUCUUCAGUGUUUACAUAUACAGGUUGGAGACAAGGCUGCGCUUACUAAAGCCUUCACACAGAAGGAUGUUGUUAGUUUUGCUGACUUAACUGGGGACACAAACCCACUGCAUCUGAAUGAAGACUAUGCAAAGAGAACUAGGUUUGGGAGAACAAUUGUACAUGGAGUUUUGAUCAACGGACUUAUUUCUGCAGUUAUAGGUACUAAAAUGCCUGGCUAUGGUUGUGUGUUUCUUUCUCAGGAAAUUCACUUCCCAGCUCCCUUGUACAUUGGAGAAGAAGUCUUAGCUGCAGCAGAAGUGACGAGACUGAAAAGAUCUGUUGCAUACAUUUCAGUAUCAUGUACUGUUAGGGAAAGUGAAAAGAUUGUCAUGGAAGGGAUAGUGAAAGUCAUGGUGUCAGAAGGUCAGCGCUCCUGACUGCACGGCGCUUUAUUCUUUAGUAAAAUUCAGAAGUACGUGGGGGGGCUCACAUGUAUGGUACCUCAAACCUUGGUAGGAGGAAGCCUGCAGAAACACUUUGAAGGACACAGCUUGCUGUCCAUUUUGAGAGCUACUGUGCCUUGUAGGUGAGAGAUGUAAAAUAUCACUUUUGAUGGCCUGUAAGGACACACGAAGAUCAGUAUGAUCCAUACUUACCUUACAUCUAUUACCAUUGUGUGCCACCAAGCCUAUUCUGUUUCCUAGCUCAACUGUCUUUCACCAAAAUAAACACCAUUCUUUACUGGAAGCUUUUACAAAGAAAUGUUUACUUCAUGUAGUGUUCUGGUGUUGGUCAAGAGAUUCCUGUCCCCUGACUAGUAAACAUGGAGCCAAGAUAAGUAUCUCAGGUAGAUAAAUAUAGUAUUCUCUUGGUUCCUUGUUACUAUUGCACAAUAUGUGCCACAUUUUAUAUGUCUGAUAUAUUGAGUUUUGAACUCUUGUUUGGUUUGAGGUUCUAGAUAUGGCAAAGGGCCAAAUCUCUCUCUCAGACAGGCCCCUCCCCCCUUCUAUGAAUUCAAUGAAGUCCAAGGGCCUACGUGGGUGAAUAAAGCGAGCAGCAUCGGGUUCAUAUUAACACAUGCGUGUCAUCCUCUCCCCUGACUUACAAGAAUAAAAAGCUUUUUAUUCAAACGCUGCCUUUAUUAGGGUAGCUCUGAUGUUUCUUUCACAAAUUAAUGCAUUGUUCCACUUCAUUUUCAAGCGAAAGUCAUUUGAUUUAAGGCUAUCAUUAGGCCAAACAAAAAUGGUCUGUGUAAAGGUCUUGGAUAACCUCCUACCACUGCUAAACUACAAACUAAAUGUCA